GGGGAGGGGGGGAGAGAGGGAGAGAGAGAUGGGUUUGGUUUUGGGUUUGGGUUGGGGGCGGGUGAUCUACGAGGGAGUGGUGGUGGUGGGGUCGUUGAUGUUGCUGGGAUGGGCGGGGUUGUGGUUCUUGAAUAGAAGACUGUACAAAGAGUACGAAGAGAAGAGGGCACUCGUUCAGAUCAUCUUCAGCGUCGUCUUCGCCUUCUCCUGCAACCUUCUCCAGCUCGUCUUAUUUGAGAUCACUUCCAUUCUCUCCAAAGAGGCAAGAUGGAUGAACUGGAAGCUGGAUUUGUUCUGUUUGAUAAUGUUACUGGUCUUCAUGUUGCCUUAUUAUCACUGUUACUUGAUGCUUUGCAACAAUGGUGUGAGGAAGGAGCGGGCUACACUUAGCGCCAUCUUAUUCUUGUUGGCAUUUCUCUACGCUUUUUGGCGCAUGGGCAUUCACUUUCCUAUGCCUUCACUGGAUAAAGGUUUUUUCACCAUGCCUCAAUUGGUCAGCAGAAUUGGGGUUAUUGGCGUGACUGUAAUGGCUGUCCUAUCUGGUUUUGGAGCUGUAAAUUUGCCAUACAGUUAUCUCUCUCUCUUCAUUAGAGAAAUUGAAGAAACAGAGAUUAAGGUUCUGGAAAGGCAACUAUUGCAGUCAAUUGAAACAUGCAUCGUGAAGAAAAAGAAAAUCAUUCUUUGUCAAAUGGAGAUGGAGCGAAUCCAAGGGUCUGAAGAGAAGUUAAAGGAUAGGUCUUUCCUAAAGCAAAUUGUUGGGACAAUUGUGCGGUCUGUGCAAGAGGAUCAAAAGGAGCAAGAUAUUAAAAUCAUGGAAGCAGAAGUACAAGCUUUGGAAGAGCUUUCAAAGCAGUUAUUUUUGGAAAUCUAUGAGCUUCGCCAAGCUAAGGAAGCUGCUGCUUAUUCUCGGACCUGGAGGGGUCACAUGCAGAAUCUACUGGGCUAUGCAUGUUCUGUCUAUUGUGUUUAUAAAAUGAUAAAGUCUCUGCAGAGUGUUGUCUUCAAGGAGGCUGGUUCAGUUGAUCCUGUGACUAGGACAAUUAGCAUAUUCUUGCAGUUCUUUGAUAUUGGUAUCAAUGCUGCAUUAUUAUCACAGUACAUAUCCCUCUUAUUCAUUGGAAUGUUGAUUGUUAUAUCUGUACGGGGAUUUCUAACGAAUCUAAUGAAGUUCUUCUUUGCAGUUUCUAGAGUUGGGAGUGGAUCCUCAAGCAACGUUGUUCUUUUUCUCUCUGAAAUAAUGGGGAUGUAUUUCAUAUCUUCUAUUCUUUUGAUUAGAAAAAGCCUAGCAACUGAAUACAGGAUGAUCAUAACAGAUGUAUUGGGUGGAGACAUUCAAUUUGAUUUUUACCACCGGUGGUUCGAUGCAAUAUUCAGUGCUCUGUCAUCAGAUUGUUCAUAUCGUCUAUAUAUUUGUGAACAGGAAGCAUACUUAAUUGUAGCUGUCAUUCUAAAUGCAGAGGAAAAGUAUGACAUUUGAAUCAGUCAUUCUGCUCUUAAAUCUGAGGGAACUGUAGGGAAUGAAUCAAACUGCCACAGGUUGCAGGUCUAUCUCAAGUAACCCAGGGUUUGAACAAAGAAGAUUUAAGCUGACUCCUCCGAAGCAAUGUUUGCACCUCCAAUCAGAAGUAUGGAAACGCCAAUGGGAUUCAUGAUGACUGUAUUCAAGAAGAUAGGGGUGAAAUUUUUUGUAAUGAAUUUUUUUAUGUUCAUGGUGUGUCAAUUGUCAUAUUUGCACUACAGUUGGACAUCCAGCAGUUCCAUAGAUCUAACCACACGAUGUAUGAUUCAACUGAAAUUGCUUUAGAUUGAUUGUUAUACGUAUAUUUGGAUUUGAGUA